AUGUACACACCGAUCGCUCCUCUACCCCUGGAGACACCCCGUUCGCACGGAACCAAGCGACAGAGGGAAGACGACGAAGAAGAAGAGCCCAAGCGAAGAAAGCGAUCGGACUCACAGAUAUCGAGCCAGUUUGAGCUCAGUGAGGAAGACCGUCUGCUUCUUCGGCUCAAAGAGGAAGAGCACAUGCCUUGGAAAGAUAUCGCAGCACGCUUUGUCAAAGACUUCGGCAGGCAGUACCAAAUACCCGCACUGCAGAUGCGUAUCAAGCGACUAAAAGAACGGAUGCGUCAGUGGACUGAAGUAGACGUCCAAGCACUGCGCAAAGCCCAUGACUACUGGGUGCAAAACAAGUUCGACAUCAUCGCGCAAAAGAUGCUCGAUUACGGUGCAGAAGAAAAAUGGACCGCACGCCAAUGCUCUCGCAAAUGGCAAGAGAUCGAUCCAACACCCAUACCCUACACGCAGUUCGACCAGCACGUCCAGCACGUCCAGCAAGGCUUUGCACCCUACGCGAUGAGCCCCAUCGAGCCCACGCCCAUGAACUUCCCUCCCUUCCUGCACCAGCACCAUAGCACCUAG